ACCACUAACCAACCACUAACCAACUCCUACUACGCCACCCACACACAACCCACCCACCAACUAUCCUUCAAACUCUACACAAAAACCAUCAAAAACCAUCGAGAAUCAUCAAAAUAACUCCCCAAACACAACUCCAAUAAACCAACAAUCUUUGUUCCUACUGUCGUAUGCACACUGACCGACCGAUUAACUGCCGGAAUCCGAACUGUGACACCGAGACAAUAAGUCCACACAGAUAAUCAGACAACAACCGUUCAUUAAAAAAAAAAACCAGUCCUCACCAACACAAACCCCCAGUCGACAACAGCAGUCCACUCUACUCACACCUCUGUGUCACUUCCUCACGAACACCCACACGCCUUUCUAAGACCUCGCAAUUACGCUCAAGUCGCAAGAUCGGCACACCUCACCCCUCACCCCUCUCCCUCACCCCUCACCCCUCUCCCCUCUCCCCUCUCCCCAUCAACCCCCCUUCCACAAACAACCCUCCCCCCCAAAAAAAAAGAGCACCCUCAAGGCCACCUGCCACCUGAGGAUCUGUACUUUUUCGAGAACAUUCCAAACGAACCCGGCCCCAUUGAACCACCACCACUGGGCCUUAUUUAAAGGGAAACCACCUCGCCCUUUAACUACCACAAACCCACACACACCCCAAGAACUAGCGACAAGAUGCCAGGCCACACCUUCCCCGGCCGCCACGGCUCGAACCCCUUCAGCGACGCCCACGAGCCGCCAAAGGCAGGCACCGAGACCCUCCCCACGCGCCCCAUCAACCAAGUCGUCGAAGAAGAAGAAGAGGGCGACGCCGUCGCCUCCCCCACCACCGGCACCUUCCCAAGCUCCAAGACCUCGCCGGACCCCUUCGGCAGCAACGGCACCAGUGACGGGGCCCCUUCCUCCUUCAAGCCCUCCUCCGACGGCUUCCCCUCGAAUUACGGGAUGGGUCGCCGCACCUCGGUGUCAGCGGAGUCGAUGAACCCCACCGACUCGGCGAGCGAUAAGUGGACGCCGCCGUUCUAUCCGAAGACGGAGGAGCAGUUGAAGAGGCUGAAGUCGGCCAUUGGGGCGCAUACGCUGUUUAGGGCGCUGGAUGAUGAGCAGAGUCGCAUGAUUAUUGGGGCGUUGGUGGAGAAGCCGAUUCCGGCUAGGAAUAUUAAGGUAAUCUCCCAAGGCGACCAAGGCGAUUACUUCUACAUCGUCGAAUCCGGCUCCUUCGACAUCUACAUCCACCCCAGCGGCAGUCUCCAACCCGGCCCCUCCGGCCUCGGCACAAAAGUCGCAACCAUAACCGUCGGCGGCACCUUCGGCGAGCUAGCCCUGAUGUACGGCGCCCCCCGCAACGCAACCGUCAUCUCCGCCACCAACGACUGCGUGCUCUGGGCGCUUGAUCGGGUCACCUUCCGCCGGAUCCUAAUGGACUACACCUUCACCCGGCGCCGGAUGUACGAGAAGUUCCUCGCGGAAGUCCCCCUCCUCUCCUCCCUCAACGACUACGAGCGCUCCAAAAUCGCCGACGCCCUCGAGUCCUGCAAGUACUCCGCCGGCUCCACGAUCAUCAAGGAAGGCGACGACGGAGAAGCCUUUUAUUUACUCGAAGACGGCCAGGCGAGCGCAUACAAAACGGGCGUCGAGAAGCCCGUCAAGAAUUACCGCAAGGGCGACUACUUUGGCGAACUAGCCCUCCUGAAUAAAGCGCCCCGCGCGGCGAGUGUGGUGUGCGACACGGAUGUCAAGGUGGCGACGCUGGGGAAGGAUGGGUUUCAACGCCUUCUGGGGCCGGUGGAGGGGAUUAUGAGGAGGGAGAGAUAUGAGGGGGUUGAGGGGGUUGAGAGGGUGGAUCCGUUGGUUACGUAGGGAGGUGGACGAGGUGGUGGGGGAGUCGCAAGUGUGUGUGUUUUUGUUUUGUUUUUGAGGCACCGCGGUCUGGGG